UGUCUCUCUGUGUCUCACUUUGGUUCCUGGGUUUGAGGUGGACAUUUAGCUGAGAGGUUAUUUUGUUUUUUAAUUCUCUUUUGGACUGUUGUCUGUGUUUUUGUCUCUUCUCUUGGCUGCUAAUAAUCAGGUGUGGACUCUGACAUGGAUCAGUGUGAGGACACAGAGGAGGGACCCCUGAAAACCGGUCUGUGUGGGGACCAUGAGAUCCAGAUCAAAGAUCAGAGUGUCCAUCAGAGUCCAGAAUCGUCUGGACCUGAACCCAGCUGUGUGUCCCUGAACAGUGACUGGUCCAUGGAUAAUCCUCUUAUUUUUAAAGGACAGCAUCCCUCUGCUGGACAGAUGAUCCAUCAGAGUCCAGAUUCGUCUGGACCUGAACCCAGCUGUGUGUCCCUGAACAGUGACUGGUCCAUGGAUAAUCCUCUUCUUUUUAAAGGACAGUGUCCCUCUGCUGGACAGAUAGUGAAGCAGCAGAGCUCAGAGGUUCUCAGGGUUCCAUCUGCUCAGCAGCAUCAAAGACGGCUGAACCACAUGUUUACGAACAUCGAGGAGAACAUGGGGAUGUUUAUGAAACAUGAGCUGAAGAUGAUCCAGAAGUUUCUCCUGACAAAUAAUGCAGAAUACUUGGAGAGUCAGUGUGAGGAUGAGGAGCAGAGGAGCAUCCGACUGGUUUUCCUGGACCUCACAGUUGCUUUCAUGAGGAGAAUGAAUUAUGAGGAGCUGUCUGACUGUCUGCAGAGCAGAACUCGUGCUGAAGUUUGUCGUCGUAAAUUCAAAUCUAAGGUGAAGCAGAAGUUUGAGCGUGUGUUUGAGGGGAUCUUUAAAGCAGGAAAGACGACUCUUCUGAAGGAGAUCUACACAGAGCUCUACAUCACAGAGGGCGGGGCUUCAGAGGUCAACCAGGAACAUGAGGUCAGACAGAUUGAAGCAGCAUCCAGGAAAACAGACUCACCACAAAGAACCAUCACAUGUGAAGACAUCUUUAAAGCCUCAGCUGACACUCAGCCACCAAUCAGAACAGUGCUGACAAAGGGCAUGGCCGGCAUCGGGAAAACAGUCUUAACACAGAAGUGGACUCUGGACUGGGCUGAAGGACGAAUCAACCAGGACUUCCACUUCAUAUUUCCAUUCACUUUCAGAGAGCUGAAUGUGCUGAAAGAGAAGAAGUUCAGCUUGGUGGAACUUGUUCAUCUCUUCUUUCCUGAAAUCAAAGAAGCAGGAAUCUGCAGCUUCCAGCACUUCCAGGUCUUGAUCAUCUUGGACGGUCUGGAUGAGUGUCGCCUCCCUCUGGACUUCCACAGCAGUGACAUCCUGACUGAUGUCACAGAGUCAAGCUCAGUGGAUGUUCUGCUGACAAACCUCAUCAGGAGGAACCUGUUUCCCUCUGCUCGCCUCUGGAUCACCACACGACCUGCAGCAGCCAAUCAGAUCCCUCCUGAGUGUGUGGACAUGGUGACAGAGGUCAGAGGCUUCACUGACCCUCAGAAGGAGGAGUACUUCAGGAAGAGAUUCAGAGAUGAGGAGCAGUCCAGAAGAAUCAUCUCCCACGUGAAGACAUCACGAAGCCUCCACAUCAUGUGUCACAUCCCAGUCUUCUGCUGGAUCACUGCUACAGUUCUGGAGGACGUGUUGGACACCAGAGACGCACCAGAGCUGCCAGAGACCCUGACUGAGAUGUACAUCUACUUCCUGGUGGUUCAGUCCAGAGUGAAGAAGAUCAAGUAUGAUGGAGGAGCUGAGACAGAUCCACUGUGGAAUCCAGAGAACAGGGAGAUGAUUGUGUCUCUGGGAAAACUGGCUUUUGAGCAGCUGCAGAAAGGGAACCUGAUCUUCUAUGAAGAGGACCUGACAGAGUGUGACAUCGAUAUCAGAGCAGUCUCAGUGUACUCAGGAGUCUUCACACAGAUCUUUAAAGAGGAGAGAGGACUCUACCAGGACAAGGUCUUCUGCUUCAUCCAUCUGAGUCUUCAGGAGUUUCUGGCUGCUCUUUAUGUCCAUCUGACCUUCAUCCAGUCUGGAGUCAAUCUGCUGUCCAAAGAUCAAACAACAUCCAGACAGUCUGAGACGUUUGAAGAAGAAUUUAACGAAGCACUUUUCUCUGACAGUGAUAUGUCAGAAGAUGAAGAUGAACCUAACCUAACGUCUGAAGAUAAACUUGAACUAACAUGUCUCCAUCAGAGUGCUGUGGAUGAGGCCUUACACAGUCCAAAUGGACACCUGGACUUGUUCCUGCGCUUCCUUCUGGGUCUUUCCCUGCAGACCAAUCAGACUCUCCUACGAGGCCUGAUGACACAGACGGACAGAAUCUCAGAGAGCAAUCAGGAAACAGUCAAGUUCAUCAAGAAGAAGCUCAAUGAGAAUCUGUCUGCAGAGAGAAACAUCAAUCUGAUCCACUGUCUGAAUGAACUGAAGGAUCGUUCUUUACUGAAUCUGAUCCAACAGCUCCUGAACUCUGGACGUCUCUCUGAAGAUGGUCUGUCUGGUUCUGAUUUAUCAGCUCUGGCCUUCAUCUUACUGUCCUCAGAUCAACAUCUGGACAUGUUUGACCUGAAAAAAUAUGAAACUUCACAUGAGGCUCUUCUGCUGCUGCUGCCAGUGAUCAAAGAAUCUAAAAAGGUUUUGUUAUCUGGCUGUAAUCUGUCAGAGAGAAGCUGUGAAGUUCUGUCUUCAGUUCUCAGCUCUCAGUCCUCCAGUCUGACAGAACUGGACCUGAGUCAGAACCGGCUGCAGGAUUCAGGAGUGAAGCUGCUGUCUGCUGGACUGGAGAGUCCACACUGUCACCUGGAGACUCUCAGGCUGAGUUUGUGUGAUCUGUCAGAGAGAAGCUGUGAAGUUCUGAGCUCAGUUCUCAGCUCUCAGUCCUCCAGUCUGAGAGAACUGGACCUGAGUAACAACGAUCUGCAGGAUUCAGGAGUGAAGCUGCUGUCUGCUGGACUGGAGAGUCCACACUGUCACCUGGAGACUCUCAGGGUGGAUCCUGGUGGAGUCCGAUGGCUGAGACCAGGUCUGAGGAAGUAUUUCUCUGAACUCUCUCUGGAUCCAAACUCAGCGAACAGAAAACUCAAACUGUCCAAAAACAACACAAAGGUGGAACAUGUGGACAAGGAUCAAUCAUAUCCUGAUCAUCCAGACAGAUUUGACCUUUGCCCUCAGGUCCUGUCUUCAACUGCUCUGACUGGUCGCUGUUACUGGGAGGUCGAAUGGAGAGGACAUGUGUAUAUAUCAGUGACUUACAGAAGAAUCAGAAGGAAAGGAAACACAGACGACUGUGUGUUUGGAUCUAAUGAUCGGUCCUGGACUCUGAUCUGCUCUGAUCAUUAUUGUUUCUCUGUCCGUCACAAUAACAGACAAACAUUCCUUCCUCGCUUCUAUUCGUCCUCUCACAGAGUCUCAGUGUUUGUGGACUGUCCUGCUGGCACUCUGUCCUUCUAUGAAGUCUCCUCUGACUCUCUGAUUCACCUCCACACCUUCUGCUGCUUGUUCACUGAACCUGUGUGUGCUGGGUUCACGUUCUGGUCUAGUUCUGGUUCCUCUGUGUCUCUGUGUGGACUGUAGGAUGGAGAGUCUCCUCUUGUGGACACAAACACUCGAUCAUGAGUGUUUGGACGGUAAAUGUCCAGCUGGUUUGACUUCAGGGGUCAAAAUAGUACAUGGAUGUGCUAGUUUGUGCACGUAUUAUUCGAGCGGUGCACGUAAUUUUAUACUGCACUUGCAAUGCUGCAAG